AUGACCAGCGAAAAUCCGACACCGGCCGACUAUUCGGCACUAAUUGCCGAGGAUGGAAAGAACAAAACAAACGUAAAGUGUGUUCACUGCGGAUCCUUAAUCCUGAAAGCGGCCAACAGUGAUUUCGAUGGUACAGAGUUCCAACUCCCGCUGGCAAAGCAAAAACGCCAAACCACGGACAAGGUGGACGAGUUUACGAGCGAAACGUUGAAAGACUUCUGGAUGGUGGAGAAUAUGUACACGUUCGAAAACAUUGGCUUCAGCAACACGGUCGACAAUCGUAAAUAUCUCACCUGUGCGGAUUGCGAACUUGGUCCGAUUGGAUAUCACGAUUUGGAGACGAAGAAAUCUUACAUUGCCCUUGCCCGUGUGCAGCACGUGUGA